ACUCAGUCAAACACACUCAUUCACUUACACUCUCAAAGCAUUCAUCUUUUUUAGAGAAAGCUUCACAGAGGAAGAAAGAAAGAAAAGAAGGGAAAUGGCAACAAAGAUGAGCUGCAGCUGGUCUGCUGAGAAUGCCACAAAAGCUUACAUCAGAACAAUGAACAUGGCAAGGGCAGAAGACGCCAACCAGCUCAACGGAGCGGAGUUUGUCUCCGCUCUCGCAGCGGGGAACAACGCCCGCUACACUGUGGUGGCGUGCUCUGGUCAUGCAGACUCAAUCACCCUCGCCCUUGCCGCAGCCUCCCACCAAACAGGAGGCCGUGUCGUCUGCAUCCUCCCAGAAGCCGGCCUUCUAGAAGCUUCUAGACUCUCUCUGGGCUCAAACAUUGAGUUCCUCGUGGGGGAUGCCCAAGAGCUUCUGUCGGGUGACUAUAGAGACGCGGACUUCAUAGCCAUCGACUGCAACCUUGAGAACCAUGAGGAGAUUUUCAAAUCUGUUCAAGGGAGUGGAAGGCAGUGCAACACUGUGGUGCUGGGUUACAAUGCGUUUGGGAAGAGAUCGUGGAGAAGUAGCAGUUUAAGGAUCAGCCUGUUGCCGAUAGGCGAAGGGUUGUUGAUGACACGAAUUGCUAGUGCUAAGAAGAGUGGUGUGGUGGGGAUGGAGAAGAGAGGGCGCUUCGUUGUGAAGGUAGAUAAGUGCACCGGGGAGGAGCAUUUUUUCCGGGUCAGGUCGACCCCGAGACCAGUGAUUCAAGCUUAGAUCUAUCUAUCAUAUCACUGCCCCUCUCAUAGCUCCAACCCAAGCAGGCUUACCUACUCCAAAACAAGAGUCCUUAACUAAAGUGUGCAUAUAACUCAUUUCAUCUGGUGCAGAUUCAUUCAGCAGAUCUCCUCACUUUUUCCCUGCAUCUUUUUUGUUGUGACACUCCAGGACUGUCAAGUUUCUGUGUCACAAUUAUCCCAUUAUUUCAUUUCAUACAAUUGUAUGGUUUCAUUGUUGAGAUGUAUAUGAACAUUUUUAUUGGAAAUGGGAAGACCAAACAGUUCAUUCAAUUAUGAAGUACCCACCAUUUUGAUCAAUGUGAAUCCUUUUACACUAUAAGAUCUUAAGUUACACUAAUGGACUGGU